UGCACUUCCUUCAUUGUCUGAGCAAGAAGCAGCGGGGGAAGGUCCUGCGUGCAGCUCGCCUCCAGUGUAAUCCCGUCUCUCCGCGGCUCACUCGCUCAGUCGGCCGUCAUGGCGACCGCAGGGAGCCUCUGCAGCGGGGCGAACCGCGUCUGAAAGCUCCUCUGGGAGUCAGAAUUUCUGUCCCUGCGCCCGGACGUGGAUGUUAACACCUUCAGCUGAGCUGCGGGAAACACUUUGGCUUGGACAAGCCCGCAUUUAGGGGAGAGAAGACGGGGGCUUUGCAGUGAGCAUCCCAGAGCAACAUGGCAGAGCCAGACCCAGAGACCUUCUCCUCUGGAGCAGGUCAACGUCUCGGAGCCCCCGAGACUCUUGGCAUCAGCACACUGGACCCUGGCCACAGGCCUCCAUCCAUGCCCCCUGGGCGGCAUGUCACCAUCAGGGUCCGCAUGUUGGAUGACACAGAGAAGCUUUUCGACGUCUCGCAAAAAGCUUCCGGCAAGGUGCUGUUUGACCUGGUGUGCUCCCACAUGAAUCUCAUUGAAGGUGACUACUUUGGCCUGGAGUUUCAGAACCAGCAGAAGAUGAUGGUUUGGUUGGAUCACAUCAAACCGAUUAUCAAGCAGCUUCGACGACCCAAACACACAAUCUUGAGGUUUAGUGUGAAGUUUUUCCCGCCUGACCAGUCGCAGCUGCUGGAGGAGAUGACAAGGUACCUGUUUGCGCUCCAGAUCAAGCAGGAUCUCUCCUGUGGACGUCUGAUUUGCAGCGACACCAACGCGGCUCUGAUGGUCUCCCACAUCAUCCAGUCCGAGAUCGGAGACUUUGACGACAGCCACUGCCGCUCCCACCUGCUAAACAACAACUACAUUCCAGAUCAGAUGCCCCUGAUCGACAAAAUCAUGGCGUUCCACUCAAAGCAUAUAGGUCAGUCACCAGCCGAAUCAGAUUUUCCAGCUAUUAGAUGUUGCUCGCAAGCUGGAUAUGUACGGGAUUCGGCUGCACCCUGCCAAGGACCUGGAAGGUACGGUGUUAUGGCUGUGGCACACAUGGGCGUUGUGGCCUUCCAGACUCACACGAAGAGCAAUUCACACACAAAGAUCAACACCUUCAGCUGGUCCAAAAUACGCAAACUGAGCUUCAAGCGAAA